AUGUGUCCCAUAUUAAGUCAGGCAGGUUCAGAUUUAGAUUCAAAUUCUUCACUGAACCAGAGCAACAAUGAAUUCACUUUAAACAUUAAAGUCGAUCGAAGAAAAAUGAUUUUCCGCACAGGAAAACAUUUUCUUCCAUUUCGCAGAUUAAGUAAAAAAGAAAAUUCCUCUUCUAUUGAAUAUGUUGAAGAAAGAAGAAUUUGA